CCUGUCUUGGCUCUGUGGGGGUCGUCCUUCUAGUAGCCCGGUGUUUGUGUUCCAUUGAAACGCCGGGGAUGAGCCGUCGGGAUGGGUGCGAGCCUUCCUGGAGUCGAGUGGCUUUUCACCAGUUGGGAACCGGGAAGCUGGGCGCCCUUGGGGAGGACAGAGUGCACUGUGCCUGUGGCUGGCCGCUGGCAGCCAGGCCACUGUCCUGCUGUCCUCCUGCCACCGGGCCUUCUUGGAGAGGAUGGGGGUCUGUUCUGUCCUUGUGCUUGGACUGCCUGCUCUCCUGUGUGGCCCUGGCAGGCCAUCCUGUGCGCCCAGAAUUCUCUCUGGUGUGUCCCCCUGGGAGAGCCUUCCGGGGCUUUCUCGCCCUCCACCCUGGCUGUCCGCCCUCUGCACCUGCUUGUGUCUCUUUUCCGCUGUCCUUCUGGGCUCCAUUCACCUCUCUGGCACGGGACCCUGCUCCUGGUCCUGUGACCUUGUUUCGUGUAGCACAGCCUCCAGUGGUUUCCUGCAGGUGGUCUCCCUUCCGCCUACGCUCUUGGGGGUGGCCUGGUGGACUCCAGUUUGCAUGUCGGUCUCCAGGAUUUGGACAGCGCUGCCCACAGUCUUCUGCUCCUGGGCUCCUGUCUAGCAGCUGGGCACCCUGACCCUUGGCCCUGUGCCCGUGGUGGGUGUGCUGUUCCAUGGAGGCCUUCGUCCUCCCUGAGCUGUGGCCCAGAGUCCCACCACAGCCUCUCGAGCUGUUCACGAUUCCUCCCUCAGCAUCACUCUCAUUCACGGCCGGCCUGCCAUCUGCCUUCUCACAUGUACUCUCUCCUCAUCCCCACUUCCCUUUCACUUCGGGGGACUCUGUCUCCUGCCACGUUUUCAUUUCUGCUCUCGAGCUUCCAGUUGGAGGAGCUCUUUGUGUCCUCUGAGCACUUCCUCUUGCUGAUGCCCCGUUCUGGGGGACGUGGUGCGCGCGCCUCUCUUGGGGCAGCAGCCACCCUCUGGGCGCCUCUCACGGCGUCUGUGUCCCCGUCACAGGCCAUCCUCACGGGCAGCCGCCCCAGCUCUGGCUCCUGUUAAGUAAGCGUGGGCUGCUGGAAGGGUCCUGGUGGCAGCGUGCGUGGCUGGGCGUGUUGGCUGCCCUUCUGGUUGGGCAACCCUCAAUAUGAGAAUCUUUCAUUAAAAUGUGGUAAGGUUUUGGAAACGGGUGGUUCCAGCAUAAAGUGCCUGAAGCCGGUGUAGCUUUGAAGCAGAGACAGGCCUCGGGUUCCCAUCACAGCACCCGCCAGACACUGCCACUGCCCUUGGGCGCCUGCCUCGCCUCGGUUACACUCUGCUCCUCACAAAACCUGUGUGUGUCGCUGACGUCGCUGAGCGGGUGCACAGAGCUCGAGGGCAAGCUGGCUCUGCCACCCGAGCUCAUGGGAGCGCCGGGGAGCAGGACACGGUGUACAGGCCAGGCUCCGGAAUCUGGAGCAGACGCUCCUGUGGGAGAAGUGGGUGUAGGCAAGCCGGACAGCACGCUGGCCACGGGAAGAGCAGUGCGGUGCCUUGUGCGCUGCAGCGGGAGGGAGAGGGUACGGCACCCGUGGGAGAGCCUUUCUUACUACGGCAGAGUCCCACUCGGCCCUGCGGCCCCACCCCUGUCCACCAGAGAAGGGUGUCCUCCGAGAUGCUGGGACGUGGUGCCCAUGGCAGCACUAUCACGGUCGCCCGAAGCGGGGACCGGAUGGGGGCCACGCCUGUAGCCUGCUGUCCCUGGGCAGAAGUGUUAGGGCAGUAGACAGACACCCCUGUUGUUGCCAGGUGGGUCUGUGCGCACCAGCGGGAGGGGCCUUGCUGCCGCAGCUGGCGUUGGAGCCUUUGGUACUUACGGGAUCCCGCCCAGCCGCCAGCAGGCCUGUCUGUGAGCAGCGGGGUCUAAGCCUGAAAGCUGUGUGUGCACCAGGGAGACCUCUGUCACCUGCGACUUGCCACCACCUGCGUGGUCUCUGUGUGGGAGGGACGAUGCGCACCGAGCGGUCCCAGGGCCCCCUGGCUGCACCCUGCAUGCUGCAGCCUGCAGACGCUCCUCUUCCAGGCUUCAGACCCCUGGGGCUUUGUUAGGAGCGGGUUUGGUUCGCAGCCCUGGGCUGGGCUUCCAGGGUCUGCCUACUGUGACUCCAGCCGCUGCGUGUCCCCCCUCACGUUCAUCUCAGGACCUUGUUUCUUGCUUAUUCAGAGGGCAGUACAGUCUGCGGCUGUCCCUACUGCCACCGGGCUCCCCAGCACACCUUUACCUGCUUCCCUCUGCCCCUCCCCGUGUGUCCCCAAGGACAACCAAGAAUUUUUUAAAAAAUGUUUUUAAAUAACCGUUUUCUAGAUGAGUUUUAGGCUCACAGUGAAAUGGAAGGAGAGGUACAGAGAUUUCCCAUGUGCCCCACCCCCACACGCACAUCCUCCCUGGUGUGGACACCCCCCCCCAAGAUGGUGUGUCGGUUAUGCUGAUGGACCUGUGUGGGCACACCAGCCCGGAGUCCCUGGCUCACCAUGGAGCUCACUCCUAGUGACGUGCCCCCUGUGGGUGUGGGCACAUGGGUAAUGACACAUGUCCAUCGCUGUGUAGCUGACGGGGGGCCUGUGGUUGAAAGAAGGCCAAGGCAUGGCUGGCUGGCACGUGUCAGAGGUGGCCAGUGUCAACCAGGCACCAGGAAGUUGCAGGUUCAAAGCCACCAUACGCUGAUGUGGAGCGGGCUGUCUGCACGCAGGUUGGCCAGCUGGGGACUUCUAGAAUCCUGUGGACUGCAUGUCAGUCCUGCCCUGACCAGUGUGUGUGCAGCUCUGUCUUGCGUCGAGGCCCGGGUCAAGUGUCUGUGUGGCAAGUAGCCCCCCACUCCCAGCUGCGUCCAUCAUGGUGGGACCUUCCUGUGAACAGAACUCUAACCGAGGACCACCUUCAUGUCUUGUCCUUUACGGCACAUGUGUGCACCUGUCUGCCAGAUUGUGGGGUUCCUUCCAGAAGCUUUUGGUGUUAUGGGUCCCCUCGGAGUUUGGGAUUUCUGAGGAGUUAGGUUCGCUUCUCUCCGUGGGGCAUCCAGCACGCGGUGCUGGCGGGUCUGCCUCUGGCGUCUCAGCUCUCCUGAGGUUUGCUCGCCUGCCUGAUGGCCAAUAGCGGACUGCUAGAACCUCGGCCUGGGCACACGUCUGAGGGCUGGAGCAGGAGGCUUCCGGCUGCAGCUGCCCUGCGGCCUCGGGUGUCUGCGGUGUCUUUGGGCCUCUGUCCUUCUGUGGAAGGUUUUGAGUCAGAUUGUCUAUUUCUAUGAGGAAUCUCAUGGGAUUCUUUGGGGUGUAUGGAUCCAUUUGUGGGGGACUGAAGUUGAUGUUGAUGUGAACAAUAUUGAAUCUUCCAAUCAACGACUAUCCCUUGUUUCUCCAGGUGUUCCCUGCUUGCAGGGAUGUUGUGUUACUUUUUUUUUUUUUUAAGAUUUUAUUUAUUUGAGAGACCAAGAGAGAAAGAGAUUAAGAGAAUGAAUGGGGGGAGGGUUAGAGGGAGAAGCCGACCCCCUGCUGAGCAGGGAGCCCUAUGCGGGACUCGAUCCCAGGACCCUGGGGUCACGACCUGAGCCCAAGGAAGACACUUCACUGACCGAGCCCUCCAGGCACCCGACGUGUUGCUUUUGAUGAGGGGGCGUUUCCUAUGCUUCGUUAGCUUUAUUCCUGAGCGUGUGUGUUGGACGAACACAGGCGGCCUCUCGCUGGUGAUGUACACAAGUAUGGUCGAGUUUCGCACAUUGACGUCAUGUCCCAUACAACAAGGUUGAGUUAUGAAUCUUACGGGUGAAUGUUGGGAUCGUACACGGUUGUUGCGUGUGUCGUUCAUCGCUUCCGAUCUGUGUGCCUGUUGCCCGUUCUCCUGAGAAUGUGUGUCCGUUGUUGCUGGGCGGGGUGCUCUUGGAACACCCAUCAGCUCGCGGUGCUGGGUCAGGGUCACCUCACCCCUACUGACGUUUGCCUGCUGGACCGGAAGGAGAGCGUUGGGGCUGCCACGUCUUUCCGCCGACCCCACCAGCUCCUGUUGUGCUGGGCGGCCUUUUGGGGAGGAUGAGACCCAACACGGUCUCUCCCCUGGGGGGAGCCGACUCUGAGCCUCACGAAAUGUCCCCCUGAUGACCGAGCACCUCUCCCCCCAUUCUCCCGAAUCCGACAAGGUCCAAGUACACCUGCUGUCUUCCUGUGUGUGCGCGUGGUCCGUCUCCUCCUGAUGUUCUCAGACGUGUCUCUUGGAAGCAACGUAUAAUUGUGUGUUCGUCUCUGAUUCUUUAAUCCAGCCUUAAAAUAUUAAAUCCAACGCCUUAUCGGGGUAUUUGUUUCUAAUUCCGCUGUUUGUUCCAUUUGUCCUUUGUUCUCUCUUCCUCACCACCCCUCAGAGAAGUCAAGUAUUUCAUCCCAUUUUUCUUUAAGUAGCUCGUCUGUUCUGCACGGAUUGUCACCGUUUCACCCACCACCCCGGUGGUCGCACCUCUGCGGCGGCACCCGGGCCCCUGAGCAGCACCGCGCAGUGCUGUCAGUCUUGCCACCUGGUGUCGUCGCGCUCACUCACGUCUCCUUGUCGUGACCCUUCCCAUCCCGAUUCUGUGCGUUCGAGAAGUCCUAUUUGUGCGUUUGGCCUGUCUGCUUUUUGUGGCAGGUGUUCAGGGUGGCCGGCGGGUCUUUCUGUGGUGCUCGCUGGACCCGUGCUGUCGAGGGGACUCCCCAUCUUGUCUUCACUGUCGUCAAGGCCCUCACCUGCCCUCACUGCCUGCUGGGAAGGAGUGUCUUUGUCCUGUUGUUUGUAGACCUUCUAGAAUUUGUGGCUUCGUGUGCGUUGUCUGUUUUGGGUGAGUCUGGGGCAGCGUUGUGGUCCAGUGUCCACCCCACCCUCUCUUUUCCCUUCUGGGCUCCAGGCUGCACACAGCCACACCGUGGCUUUGGUGUUUCCCGUUCUGUUUCUUUUCCUUCUCCUCUCUCUGUUUUGGUCCGAGUGUUUUCCAGUGACCUAUCUGUGUGUUCCCUCGACCUUUCCUUUGCUGUGUCUAACUGGGUGUUAAACCUAUCUAUUCACUUUUUAAUUUCAGUUAUCACUUUUUAUUAGAUUCUAAGUCUUUGGUAAAAUUCUCCCAUCUUUAGUGACACGGAAGUCUUCAGUAAGUCCCCACAGGAGGCUCAGCGCUGGUUCUGUUUUUACCAGUUGGGGUACUUAUUUGGUCUUGCCUCUUCUCGUGCUUGGUAAGUUUUCAUUGAAUUGAUGGGUAUUAUAUUUGAAAAAUUUUGGGGACUGUGCGUAAUUCUUCCCCAGAGGGGGUUUCCCACCCUCUGGCGGGCAGGCGGCAGGCAGUGUGUGGGCAGCUAGGCUGGCCCCUACCUGCGAGCCUCGGGCAUGCGCUCUCCUCAGGCCCUUUGUUCCCUGCCUGCUCCCGCCCUUCCCAGCUGACAGCUGCUGGCCAGGAUCUGGAGGGAGCCUGUGCACGCUCUCUGGCCAGCCCCAUGAGUCUGGCUGUCUUGGAAACUCCUGGACCCCAAGCUUCACCUUCCUCCAGGCAGGACUGCGUGCACCCCAGGCCUCUGCUCUUGGCCCCGGGGCAGCACAAGCCUCUGCGUUGGCCCCCCUUCUUUUGAAGGUCUUCCCCACAGGUGUGGCUCCCCAGUUGCUGUCCUGCACUGUACCGGGCUUUUUGGCUUGUUCUCCUGUGCGUCGUGCUAGAGGGGGGUGUUGCCCACGCACACUCUCGUGGCGGUGAGCCGCAGCCCUUCCUUGCCUGGCGUUCACCCCGACUGCUCUCCCUGCUUCCAUGGCCAGGCCCUGGGUGGUUUGCCUCUAGUUGCGGGUGAGCCUUUCCAGACUGAAGUCAGGCCUUGUUCCCUCCUUGCCUGAACUCUCGGUGGCUCUCCCUGUGGCCAACAGGCUGUAGCUUCCGGCUCCUGUCUCCCUUUGCCUCCCUCCCUCUCCUCGCCACAGCAGCUCCUGACAUCAGGUGUGCUGACCUUCCCAGAGCCCUCCAGUCAGAGAUGCCGGCUUGCCGCCAGCUGGUGGGGAGCGAACACCCCUGCAGCACAGCGGUCGGCGUGAUGCCCGAGUGAGGACUGUCCCAGGGCUUGUGCUGCUUAGCGCCUCGCUGAGCCAGGAGCCGCCAGCUACAGGAUGGACCGUCUCUGCGUGCUGGUGCUGCAGGCCUGAGCUCUGCCCUCCCCCAGCAGUCAGGGAGGCAAGGCCGCUGGUGUGCCGGUGCGUGCGGCUGACCUGGGAUCCGGCCCGAGGCCCUUCCUAUGCCUCUUCCUGGCCCAGGCCCUCGCACGGAGCCGGGAGGGCAGGCUGCAGGCACCUCCAGACCAUGGGAAUGUCGUGCGGAGUGAUGAUGGUGGCCUGUGUCGAUUAUACAUAAGGGAGAGUGAUGUACACAAGGGAGACCCCACCACAGGAUGCAGCGGCCUGGCCCCGUCUCUAGGCAGGUGCACUGUGCUGGGGAUGUGGAGCGCUCCGGGACCAGGGUCCGUGUGUGCCCGCAGUGUGCGUGCAGGGAGCAGGACAGGCGCCCUGCAGGGUACCGGGCUCUUCUGCCAGGCACAGCCAGUGCAGUGGGCAGGGGGCUGAGGGUUCCUGGUGGCCUUUGUCCUUGCUGGGGCGUGGCUGUGAGCUCCUCUCUAAACAGAGAUGUGUGCUGGGCCAUAAAUAAGUACCACAUGGUGUGGCUGCCUGGGGAAAGAUGAGUCAGAGCAGAAGCUGGCCUGCAGAAGGGGGUGCGGGCUGGACGUUGGACAGUGGGUGGGUGCUGGGCAGGUCAUCCUCUUCCAUGAGGUGCAGGUGUCCACUCCGUGGUGCUGACCGUGCUGCUGUUCCUGGGCCUCCCUGUCUCUUUCCGUCGGGGCUGGGGAACGGCGGUGCCGGCGCGGGGCGUGGCCCCCCUACUAUCCCCACCAUCGUCUGCUGGAAGCUCAUGCACAUCCUGCUAGACCUUCCGUUGGACUGGACGUCGAGGGCUGUUCUCCGGUUCUACCUUCGGUCACCUUGACAAAGCACGGAGCAUGAGUCUGUGUAGAGAAAUCGCAUGUGCUUCUGACUUUCUCUUCUGCCUGCUUUAAAUCUCUGUCAGCUUUUCCACCUACUGAAAAUGGGUGUGAGUUUAAAUCAAGCCCUGAUUGUUCUCCGGAAGUAGCACGCAGACCAGCCAGAUGGUGUCCUGGCCCCUGGCGUUGCGGCUGGGAGCGACAGCCCCGGGCGCACUUCCUCACAGCCCGCUGGCAGUCUGCCAGAGCCCCCUCUCUGCGUUUUGAUCUGUUUGGACUCUCAGGAGUGUCUAGAAUCUUCUGACGGUGUUUAUCUGCCACCGUUCUCUGCGUUUGCGUGUCUCUUCCGGGACUGGUCCUCCAAGUUGGUGCUCACCGAGCAGAAGCCACACCGAGCAGGGCACGUCAGGGACCAGGAGGGAGGCCGUCAGAGCAGAGGUGCUCGCGCCCAAGUGCUGCGCUCAGCACCGGCACAUAGGCCUCAUCCUUUUUUAGGAUUCCAGCAAAUUUGGAGGUCUGGUUGGCGUCCCUGUGCCAGGAAGGUUAGAAGCAGCUGCUUAGCAAAAAGGUAGAGAUGCAGGCCCACUGGUCAGGCCAGACAGAAGACUUUCCAAAGUCACCUUAAGUGUCAUCCCAAAUGCUUAUUAGUUGGGGGACCCGCUGUGGGCCAGGCCCUGAGGGCAUUAACAGGCCUGGGCCCCAGACAGGUCACAGGAAUGUGGACGCCCGUGUAGGGAUGCACACUGUUGAUACUGUCACUGCGGCCAGUGCACCCCAGCCAUGUGCCCCACCACCUCUGGUGUCUCACGGAGACCAGUCCUGGCAACUCGGUUACACUGUGAACUCCAAUCUCCCUUUUAAAGUCCACACACUGUCCCCCGUCGUUUUACUGUGGGGAUCUCAGACCCCUGGCAAGGUCGAAGGACUCACACAGUGGACACCCCGCCCCGCUGUCCUCCCCAGCCUCACACUUUGUGGCACAUUUCAGAGUAAGGCACAGGCCUUUACUGCCCUGCAGCUGGCAGGUCGCUAACUCACUAGAUGUCAGUAUUUGCUAGAUCUCUCUCUUCCCUUUUGUGGUAAAAUUGGCAUCGAACGAAGUACACGAGUAUUAAUGGUACCGUUUGAGGAGUUUUGCCAAGUGUGCUUCUCUGCAGCCAGGCCUCCCAGCAGGAUCCGGGGCAACACCAUCCUGCGGCCAGAUGCUGCGGCCCCUCUGGUCAGGCUGCCCGCCCUGCCCCAGGGCACCCACUGUCUGAGGACUCCCAUCCGUUAGUUUUGCUUGUUCUGAGUGUCCGGUAAAGGGAAGCCCUGUUCUGUAAGGUUUCUGUCACUAGGCAAGCUUUUGGACUCAUUGGUGUGCUGUGUGCCAGGACAUGCUCCCUCCGUUGUGGGAACGUGUGACUGGCCGCGUGUUCUUCUGUCAGUGGACGUCUGGGCUCUUCUUGCCCUUUGGCUGUUUGUGUGAGGCUCGUGGACGUGUCCGUGGGUGAACACCUUGGUGUGGACUAGCUGGUCAGAGGCGGGUGUGUGGUUAGUAUUACAAGACACUCGUGGCCUUUUUCCAAAGUGGUCGUUCCAUGGUGGCCCAGCCGGCCGAGGACGUGGGUUGGGGUGGCCCCGCCCCUGCCAGCAUCUGGUGCUGUUGGGGGCACUUUGUUUGCAUUUCUCGGAGCUCGGUGCUUCUCCUCUUGAAGUGUCCGUCACAACUGUUACCUGUUACUUGGCCUUUAUUUUAUUAUCAUCUUUUGAAUAGACUUCAUUUUUUGAGCAGUUGUAGGUUAAAGGCAAAACUGCAGACUUCCCCAUCUCCCCCGGCCCACACACACAGUUUCCCGGUUCACACCUGCACCGGUGUGCUGUGCGGCCUGUGUUGCUACGUGACAGCUCACUGGGGUGCCCGUGCCUGUGACAUCAUACGGAGGCCUCACGGCCCUGCAAGUCCCCCAUGCUCCCCUGUUCGUCCCUGGGCUCCACCCCCACCCCCGCAGCCACUGACCCGUUGACUGUCUCCGGAGCUCCGCCUCUUGGCUUGCUGCGUUCGUGUCUGUUUUGACGCCACGGGUUUCUGCUCUGUCCUGUAGGACGCCUUCCUUUCGCUCCUCUGCGCUUCUUUCCGUACUUGGUCCCGCCAGCUGGUCAGUCUUCACUGGCGACCCUCCCGCCCGAGCGUGUGCCUUCAGAGACGGAGAAACAGGGUGCCUUUUAUUCAAGGACCUUAGAGGUUGUGGUGGUGUGUGUGGGACCUCAUGGGAGGCUGUGGCAUCGGGGACUUCUUUCUCCUUCUGUGUUUGGGCCUGACGCCUGGUCCGCUCUGACUCAGCCCCUCGAUUUCUCUGUCACCACCUCAGAGCCACAGCAGACCCAUGAGUGAAUGUGACGUUUCACCACACCGAACCAGGGGCCUUACUCAGCAGCUGGUGUCUUGUGUGUUUGUGUGUCCAGCGGGGUUCCAAGUCACGGGACAUCAUCUGGUGACGCUUUGAUCACCUGCUGAAGUGCGAAGACAGGUCCCGUGCCAGAGUCCCCGCAGCUGUCCCCCCGAGCACCAGCACCCUGGAGGUGCCUGCCAGCCACCAGAGGGGGCCCACUGUGUGCGUGUCUGUCCCUAGGAGCCACGUGUCGUGGGGCAGAAGCCACGUGCAGCGCCGGGCAGGUCUCAGUAGCUGCUCGAGGAAUGGAGUGAAUGUGUAUGUGCUGGGGAAGACGUUCCUUCUUCUGGCAAGAGAGCUCUGCAUCAACGCGCCAGCGAUAGACCCGUGCCUGUACAUCCCGCGCUUUGCCCACCUGCUGGAGUUCGGGGACAAGAACCACGAGGUGUCCAUGACAGCCCUGAGGCUUCUGCAGAGGAUGAAGAGGGACUGGAUGCACACCGGCCGGCGCCCCUCGGGCCUCUGCGGAGCAGCGCUUCUGGUCGCGGCCAGGAUGCACGAUUUCCGGAGAACCGUCAAAGAGGUCAUCAGCGUGGUCAAGGUGUGCGAGUCCACGCUGCGCAAGAGGCUGACGGAGUUUGAGGACACACCCACGAGCCAGCUGACCGUGGACGAGUUCAUGAAGAUCGACCUGGAGGGGGAGUGCGACCCCCCGUCGUACACAGCCGGGCAGCGGAAGGUGCGCAUGAAGCAGCUUGAGCAAGUCCUGUCCAAGAAACUGGAGGACGUUGAAGGUGAAAUAUGCAGCUAUCAGGAUGCCAUCGAGAUCGAGUUAGAGAACAGCCGGCCGAAGGCGAAGGGGGCCCUCGCCAACCUGACUAGAGACGGCUCCGUCGAGGACUCCACAUCCAGCUUGUGUGGUGACGAGGACCCUGAGGACGAGGAGCUGGAGGCUGUCGCCAGCCACCUGAACAAGGAUUUCUACCAGGAGCUGCUCGGCGGCAGCAUGUCCAGCAGCUCCGAGGUGGGGGGUGGCCCUGAGGGGGGCAGCAGGCCCCCUGCCCUGGAGUCCCUGCUCGGCCCCCUGCCCACGGCGGCCAGCCUGGGCAUAUCGGACCCCAUCCGAGAGUGCAUUUCCUCCCAGAGCCAGGACCCCCCGGACGCAUGUGGGGACGGCGAGCUGGACCUCAGUGGCAUCGACGACCUGGAGAUCGACAGGUACAUCCUGAACGAGGCGGAAGCCCGUGUGAAGGCCGAGCUGUGGAUGCGGGAGAACGCAGAGUACCUGCAGGAGCAGAGGGAGAAAGAAGCAAGAAUAGCAAAGGAGAAGGAGCUUGGCAUCUACAAGGAGCACAAGCCCAAGAAGUCUUGCAAGCGACGGGAGCCGAUCCAGGCCAGCACGGCUGGGGAGGCCAUUGAAAAGAUGUUGGAGCAGAAGAAAAUCUCCAGCAAGAUCAACUACAGCGUGCUUCGGGACCUCAACAGCAAGGGCGGGGGCAGCCUGCAGGGGGAGGACACGCAGCCGGAGGAGCGGGCCAGUGUCCGGAAGCUGUCUCGGAGGAAAACGCCUGCCAGCAGGAACAGGGCUGACUCCGUGAGCAACGUGGGGAAAAGGCCCUGGGGCAGGGUCCCUGAACCUGGAUGGCAUCCGUGGCCAGGGCGAGGGAGGACAAUCUGUCUCCUCUUGGGGGGUCCCCACCGUCACCCUCCCCCCAGACAGGUUGAGGCCAAUGGUGUCUGCACAGCCGGCCAAGAAGGCAGCUGUAGGAGAGACCUUGCUGCCGUGCUCGCCCACCCUGGGAGCCGUACCCGUACGUCCGGCAGCCGUGGUGGAGAGCGGGCCGGUGUCCUACCACCCCGAGGAGGAUCCCGACGAGGAGGACCCGGACGAGGAGGACGGGGAGCCCUGCGUCAGCGCCCUGCAGAUGAUGGGCAGCCACGAUUACGGCUGUGACGGUGAGGAAGACGAUGGUUACUGAGCUGCGGCCCUGCAGCCAGUGGCAUCUGGCGGUGGGCCCCGCUGCGUGUGGUGGGGAUGAGACAGGGCCUCUGCAGGCCCACUUGCCCCACAGCCCUCGCCAGAGCCUCUCAGCGCCUCCGUGGCACUUGCUGCCAAGACCACACGUGGAGCACCGUAAGGAACGUGUGCGCGGCGAGGGGACUGGACCCGUGCCUGCGCGUCCAGGCAGAUGUGGGUCUUACGGCCCAGGAACCCUCACAGGCAGCCCCAUCCUGUCCCAUGGAAGGGCACUGAGGCACGUGGAGGCCCACUCUCACAAGUGAGUGCUGGGCUUGGGGGGGGCUGCGGCACCCCACUGGCUGCCCAUGUGGAGCCAGGUGUCUCAGUCCCCACCCCUCCCCUGGCCUGAGAACCGCGGCACCCAACUCCCCCUGCUGCUGUCCUGAGCCGGACCCUGGACUGUCCCGCGCCUGGACGCAGGCCCGGCCGCCAGCGACCUCAGUCAGCGGCAGUCUGCACGGACGCAGGACCGUCGGCUCCACACCCCCGCCCGAUGCACAGCUGCCCCGGGGGUGCCCUGCGCAGCCCAUGGGGCUGGCCUGCGUGUUGGGCUGGCCCUGCACCGAGCCGGAGUCUGGAAGAGCAGGAUCUUGUUGGAGCUGGGGUCUGCCUCGCGGUCCGCAGAGGGAUGGCAGGCAGAGGGUCCUCGAGCCCCGCCACACUGCUCUGGAUGGUUCCCGCUGCCCUCAACCGCCCCCAGGGGCCAGGCCCCGUCAUCGGAAGGCCCAGGGACCACUUCUUCCAGGCUCUCCGCGUGGGCAUUGCCGCUCUGGACACGGCCAGGGAGGCAGGGCAGAUGCCUAUGCCCCUCGAGGCCCCAGCCUUGGCCACCCUGGUCCUACAUGGCAGAGCCAGGCCAUACCGCCUUCCCAGGGCCCAGCCCUCCACCUCCAGGGCUGGGCCGGACCCCUCCCACAGUGCCGCGGAGUCUGCAGGAAGGGCAUUUUGAGGCCCUUGGCUGCACCUGUCUGGACCCUGCAGCUGGCUGGGUCGCUGGGGCCCCUAGAAGGCUGGAGAGGACAGUGGGUUCAGUGAAACAGAAAGACCCACAACUUGAGCAGACACCCGCUGAGGCUGUGGCCUGUGCUUUCCCGCCUGGCUCCGUGGUCUGCCCUGGAGGAGUAAGGCCACGGCAGGGCCUCCCGGCCAGUGGAGGUGAGAGAGGCACACUGCAGGCCCCUGGCCCUGUUGUCAGAUGCACGAAGGGGACGUGGCUUGGGCUUCAUCCUUGCCCCCCUUGCGCCCACCCUCGUGGGAAGUCCCCAAGUCUGUCUGUCCCUGGCGUGGGCUGUCUUGGUCAGGGUCCCUCCAGGGGCCACAGGGCAGGGAGGGCUUGGCUGCAACGGCUCUUCCAGAGCCCCAAGCACUGGGCCUCUGCUUUGGGAUGUUCACUGUACCGUUCAGGGAGCAGAGAGUGGGCCCCUGGGACCUCCAGGUGGAGGGCUGCGGUGACGGAGUCGCUCUCUGGGACACAGGGCUACCUGUGUAGCGCGGUGAACAGGGCAGGCUUUAAGACGGGGCUUGGGCGGGACGCCUCCAUUAGGAGCCUGGGUGAGAGCAGGUUUCUGGGCAGAGGCCACUGGGAGAGCUGAGCCUGCAAAGCGGGGAGGGAGGGGAUCCUGUAGGGGGUUUGCAGAGAGGGGAGGGAUUUGAGGGGAAGAGGCAGGCAGGUGCCCAGGGUGGCCAGCAGGGCCAAGGGCCGGAGGUAAGGGGACAUGAUGCUGGGAGGAGGAGGUGGCCCAGGGAGGCUGGACAGGCGGGUAGGGCUCCUGGCAGGUGAGGUCUGGGGGCAGAUGGCAGUGAGCAAGUGUGUCUGGCUGAAGCAGGGAGGGUCAGGGCCCCAGAUGGCUGGGAGACAGGCCAGGGAGGAAGGGCUGGUGGGAAGGACUGUCCCCGAAGAGGGUGUGGUGAGGAGGGUCACGUGGGCAGGAGGGGGCGCCGGGGUGCUCAUGCUUUGGCGGUGACCAAGGUGCUGGUGAGGGAUGAGGCCCCAGGCCAGCAGCCGACAGGGUCCCCCUGGGCUGUGGCCCGUGCCCCGUGUGCCAGCCACCACGGCCACACGGGUGGGCUUGGGGGGGACAUGCAGGCCGGUCUGCGCCUCUGUCCCACAUGUGCAUGGGGCUCUUCCUGCCCUGGGCACAGCCUGCAACCCCACCAUACGGGGGGCGGGGGGGCUGUUCCUGGUGGGUCCAGGCUCCAGUUGCAGCUUCCCAGUAUUCUGCGAAGCUCAGCCCCUUCAGGGUCCCCGUGGCAUGGCGCGGGCCCUGCAGCUGCUGGGACAGGACACCCCACACCCGCUUCACCGCCCCCUGACCUGUGUCCCUGCGGCGUGGACGGCAGAAAUGGGUGCCCUAGAAGCUCGGAGAGGCCUGGGUACCCGGGCCGGGGAGAGGCAGGGCUCUCAGGAGCCCUCCCUCCAGUGUCCGAGGGUCAGCGUCACCGAGGUGCUCCAAGGGCCGGGGGCCUGACUCAGACUGGGGUCCAGCCCCGAGGAGGUGCCUCCAGCAGUGGACUGUUUUGCAGUCUUUGCCAGGGACGCGUCACUCCCACUGCACGCCGUUCCCUACUGGCGAGGCCCCUCGGCGGUGGGCCUGCUACCACCCUGGGCUCCACAGCCUUCCCUGCGGGCUGGACUCGUGGACCGCUUGCCCUGCUUGAACGGCAGCACAGGAGCCCGAAGGGGCACAGGAGCCGGCAUGGAGGUGGCCUCCCUGGCCAGCGACCACAGGCUCGUCCUGAGAAGAGCACACGGCUUUCCGCUACCUCGCCGCAGUGCUGGGGCGGAGCCGGAAGGGGGCAGCCUGCCCGGCACGUGUGAGCCCCUCCCCACAGCCCUGGAAGCCUGUCCAUGCUGGGGGCCCUCCCGUGACCAUCUGAGGAGCACGUGUCCACCCACCAGCAUGCACACAUGCCCGUCCCUGAGCCUCCAGAGCUGGAACCCCAGGCUUGUCAGGCUCUGCCCCUCCCAACAUGCCAGCGAGGCCAGGUCCCUGUGUGGGGGCCCCAGGCAGCAAGCAGGCAUGUCCGGCCCUGUUCAUGCUACCCCUGCCCCCCCAGUCCAGCUCCCCUUGGCCAGCAGGUCCCUUCCCCAGAGUCGUGUAGGGAGGGCUUGAGUGAUGGAGGAACGGAUGGACAAGCCAGCACCAGCCCGGGCAGAGAGCAGUGUACCCGGACACGCCUGUUCCCACACAGGCAUGCGUGUUUACACGUGUGCCACCCCCCUGUGCCCAUGCAUGCCUCUCCCUGCACGCAUACGCAUGCGUUCACUUGGGCGCGUUCACAGAUCUGUGCGCAGCCACUGGAUCCCCCUUCCAGGUGCCAGUGGAGGCUGUGGUCAGACGCCUUGAUGGUGCCUCUCCUUGCAGGGUGCCUGGGACAGGGCCUGCCCUGGACCCGUUCCCCAGAGAGGAGGGGGACGCCCAAGACCAGGGGCGUGUGUCUGCAUGUGUGGCACCUGCUGGCCACCCAUCCCACACCGUGCUGUGGGCCCUGUGCCUGUCCCGUCCCUCCCAGCCCUGGGGUUGGAGCUACAGGUUACCCACUGACAGGGCUGCAGCGGGGAGGGUGGGCUGCAGUCCCUCCGAGAAUGGGGGGGCAGGUCUGCGACUCCACCCAGCCAGCCAGGGCCCUAGCUAGAGCCUCCCCAGGCCAUUCCCAGGCAUCCUGUGCGGGCAGUGGGAGCCCCGAGGGCAAGGAGAGGUAGGCGGGAGGGAGGUCAGAAUGAGUGCGCUCUGCGUCCACCUCCCAAGAGCUGUCCCCAGCGGAUGACAUCUGUCCAGUUGCUCCGAAAGGCUACCCUCCCACACCUGUCCACCCUGCUGUUCACCGGUGACCAUGGUCACACCAGCCUACUUGUCCCAUCGCUUUGCGUGCACUGCCUCCCCGCUGUUCCCUGCCAGGUGCCCUCCUCCAGCCGCACAGCGGCUUCUGGAUCUGUCAGGCCCCUGAGCGGGCAGCAGGGCUGGUGGCCACCCACUGCUACCAGAACCCCCUGAGGGCAGAGUGGGCCUCUUCAGAAGAGGGGGAGGGGUGGGCAGAUCCAUGGAUGCAGGGAGCUCUACCACGGGCUGCCUCUGAGGCCUCGGGCACAGGGAGUCCAGCGGGGCCCUGCGCUGGCCCCCAGCAGAGCCAUGAACACUGCUGCCCCCUUUCCCUCCCAGGACCGGUCCUGGGUGGCAGCAGCACCUUCGUCUGCCUCCUGCUCCUUGCGGCAUGCCGGUGUCCCCCUUCCCCUCUGUCCACCUCUUGGUGGUGGCAACACUGACUGAGCUCCUCCGGGGGCUGUGUGGCGGGAAGGGGCUGGCAGUCGUGAGGCCGGGCUUGGGGUGCCCCUGUCACGGGUGCGGGUUGUGGCCGGCUGCCCACUCCCAUGUUGGUGGACCUGGGCCCUGGGAAGAGUGUAGGGUGCCCACUGCCACCCCCAAGGCCGCAGACAGUCCAGCAGGGCACUCGUGUAACGGUCAGGGGGACAAGGUACCUAACCGUCUGUCCUAGGUACGGCACUGUCAACCCUCUCUGCCCCCUGGCAGCCUCUUGGGCGCCCAGGUCAGGCCCCGCCUGACUCCCCACAAGGCUUCCCACCCCCGAGGCAACACCGCAUUCCCCGAAUAAUAAAGACUAGGAGCCGUGAAGUGCA